AUGAUCUCUGGACAUCCCGAUGCACGGUGGGCCGGUGGAUCAGCGGACGCAGCGGCGGGGCUGGUUGCAUCUCCAGAACAGGCACCCGAACCCGGGUUCGUGGAGGCGGAGCCCUCGCCUCUGGUCGCCCGGAAGGUCUUGAAGCUCACCGACGAGGAGAUCCUGACCUUGUACCGCUUUGCACAGGCGGAGGCAGCCCACGAGGCGGACUGGCGCGGCCUGCCACAGGAGCUGUGCACACCCUGCCGACCGCGAGAGGGCCCGGCCCUGGGCACGGGAGCCGACUACCUGGAGCUCCUGAAGAAAGCCAUGGAAGAGCCCGCACUCGCUCCCAUCGCCCGGGCCGCGGCGCCCGAGGAGUCGGAGGAGGCCGAGUCCGCCGUCUGCUGCCAGCCGCGAAAAGCCGUGCACCAAGUGAUGCAGAGCGCGGCCUGCGAUGAGACAGAGCCGUGCCCUAGGUCUUACAGGACGGAGGCCGUCACGCCCUUGUGA